AUGGCUUUAGCACGUGAAAUAUGUAUCGUAAACAUUGUUAAAGGAAAUAGAUGCGUCGUCAUUAAAACACGGGCAAUAAAUUUAUUCAACGCAAAAUUACGGUUGAAAAGCUUUUCGUUGGCCCGCGGCCAAUUUACGUUUCGUUUUGUUGUUCACAAGUCACAUUGCAAACAACUGAGCUAUGUUCAAAGAAACAAUAGACAGGUAGGGAGACCCGGCCCUUUACCACCUCGAAACCAUCACAACUGGGGAGCUAGGCUCGGUCGACGUCGUGAAGAACUGAAGUAUAAGGAACCUACCACGUUGGCUGAGAUGGAAGAACUGGCUUGUAAGUCCACGCUGCUGAUGGAGAAACAUGGGGGGAAGUCGGAACAUCACUUCCACACGGCUAUGGAUCUUUUACGCCAACAGUACAAUAUGAAUUUCAUAAUGAUUUGCGAAAAAUGCAACAGUCCACAUGUCUAUGAUGAAGUUACGGCACCAGAAAGAUGAUUUACGAAAAAAAGUUGUACAUAAUGUGUAAAUACAGAAUUUAUUUAUUGGUCCCUGUUCUCAAUAUUUUAUAAAAUAAAUUAAAAAUAUA